AUGGCCGGCCCAGAUUUAACCAAGGCCGCAGAUGGUAGCGCUCCAGUCUGUACUUCGGCUUCAUUUUCCGAGAUGUCCAAGGAAAUUUUGAAUGCCACAUUCUACAACAUCAUACAUGACAUUGUAGCAAAAGUCCACCGAGAUGAAAAACUUGCCAGAAUGAAGUCUGCUGUGGUUUUAGCAAGACAGAAGGCCGAAGCUGAAGCGGAGGCCGGUGGGAUCUCCGAGAAAAAGGUCCAGGUAGAAACAGAAGGUGCAAUAUGCGAAAAUGGAAAGGUAUACUUGAAGGGAAAUCCCCUUGCCACGACUAAAGAGAUCGUGUGCCCAUUCUGCCGUCUGCCUCGUUUACUCUAUCCAACUAUGGGAGUUGGUGCGCGGCCUCCGCCAGAUCCGUCAAAAGAGUAUUGCACAAAGCAUCCUCUAGUCAACAAACCUGGCUACGACGUGCAUGGCAAUCCGUUUGCUUCUGACAAGACGAAAAAGAAAAAGAAAGUUGCGAAUACCAACACAAACACACCGAUUUCCAGUCCACCAUCUACACCCGAUGCAAAUGGCUCAUCCAAACAGAAUGCACCUGACUAUCCGACAAUUAAAUGCCCAAAUUGUCCGCGUUAUUGCCAGACAAGCAGAGUGGCAGCUCAUCUUGAUCGUUGUAUGGGCAUCUCAGGCCGCAACGCUACUCGAAAUCGAGAUGCGGGUUCAGCUACACCUUCUACUGCAGGGCCGCCCAAACGGUCGCUUCCAGAUGACGAUGUCGCACCAGUGAAUUUCAAAAAGAAGAAACCAAAUACCCCCAAAAAGUUGGGGACCAAUAAGCCAGUGCCUCCAAGCAAGUUGAAAAAGGCAGCCAGUCCGGAUACGAUGAUCGCCGAGGAGGCUGCGGAGGCUGCAGAAUCUGGCGAGUCACCCCACGAUCCCUCGGUUGAUGACGAGGAUAAAAUUGAAGUUUGA